GUCACUGCCCGUGUAACCAAGGGUUGAUCGUGUACUGCAAAUGCCUGCAAAUAUAACCGAGAACAAGAUCGUUAUAUAAUCAUAGGCUAAAGUACUUUAUCAGUGCCGUAGUCAGUCACUCCAUUUGACAUGUUUGGGUAUUCACCUAGCUACUGUAGCUCGUUUAUUUGAUUGAGAUCCGUGCAUGGGUCAACGUCGGCAGGUAAACCCAUCACCUGACCAACCCACUGAGGCAGAAUGAGUUCUAAGGGGGGAGGAAGCACAGCUCUGACCCGACGAAACUACAGACUGGCCUCCGACACAGACAAGCCCAAAGUCACAGGUCUUGUGAAUGAGAAAUUACUGAGUGACUACCUACACCAUGUAUUUCCUGCUUCUCACCUUCCACGCCCCCCACUGGCUUCCCUCAGGAAACCUCUGGGCUUCCAGGACCUGGGUGCUCAUCUGGAGAGGCUGCUAACUGAGGGAGAGCCUACUGAGGACACCAGAGAUCAGCCAGUGGAUGGUUGUCUAGGUCCUCAGACCGUGGUCCUGGAUCACACCAGUGGCUUCGAGGGCCUCCUGUUCGUGGAUGAUGAUCUGCUGGGGGUCAUAGGUCAUAGCAAUUUCAGUUCCAUUAGAGCUACUACCUGUGUAUACAGAGGGAAAUGGGCGUACGAGGUGCUGAUCUCGUCACAGGGCCUGAUGCAGAUAGGAUGGUGCACUCUGAACUGCAGGUUCAACCAGGAGGAAGGUGUGGGUGACACUCCAGACUCGUACGCUUACGAUGGAAACCGAGUCAGGAAGUGGAACGUAACGACCACUAACUAUGGCAAGUCAUGGGCCGCCGGAGACAUAGUGAGCUGUUUGAUAGACCUUGACGAGGGAACCAUCACAUUCUGUCUGAAUGGCCAGUCACUGGGCACAGCGUUCAGCAACAUUAAGAUGGGUCCGGGUGUGGCCUAUUUCCCUGCUAUCAGCCUGUCCUUUAAGGAGUCGGUGGCGUUCAACUUCGGCAGUCGCCCCCUCAGAUACCCUGUAGAGGGCUACCUGCCCCUCCAGAACCCUCCAACUGCAGACCUGCUCAGGGCUCACAAACUGCUAGGUUAUAUCAAGACAGUCCUGUCUACCACCUUAGACACACAGGAGGAGAAGGUGCUGGAGAAAGACAGUGCCUGCUGGAGCCUACAUGGAGAACCCACCACCCUAGUGACUCUGGCACACAUCUUUAACUACUUUGCCCCACUUAUGUGUAAGGUGUAUCUAGUAGAAGAUGUGCUGAUGAACUUCCUGCUGGGUAUUCUGGAGGGCGGUGGCUCAGUGGACGAACACCCUCUCAUCCAGCAGCUUCUGGACCUCUUCUGGCUUCUCAUGGAGGACUACGAGGUAAACGAGUGUCUGAAGCAGCUGAUGAUGUCACUGCUGAGGGCCUAUAGAUUCUCCCCCAUCAUCCCAGACUUGGGCUUCCAGAUUCACUACCUUCGUUUGACGACAGCUAUUCUGCGCCAUGAGAAGUCCAGGAAGUAUCUGCUCAGCAAUGUUCUAUAUCCUUUCAUUGGUUAA